UUUGUGUCCUGGUAUGGUAAAAAAUUACAUCCUGAAAUUUUUUUUAUAGCAUUUUACUGAUGUUCUGCAUGCAGGAUGUAUGAUCAGGAUGUAAUUUUAAACCACACAAAGGUACAUUUGUAUUUUGCAUCUGCGGCAUCUGUGUCUGCCUGCAGACAGUUGAAUUUAGAUGCACAUGAUUGUCUUGCAUAUCUUUUUGUGCUGAUUUGAAUUGAAUCUAAUUGUUUUUAUACGAGUUGUCUUUAACAGAAUGACAAUGAAGCAUGAAAGACGACUUAAGGGUUUGAUAAUUAUGAAAAUUAUGUAAAUUAAUUGGUAUAGAUUUUACAGUCACCAGAUAUCAACCAAACUGAGCAUUUAUGGGGAGCCAUUUGUUAAAAUUAAUUCUGUUUAUCACUCCAGUUCAGUUGCAUCAUCUAGACUUUAUACUAAGAUCCAAUAAAGCUGUUCUGGGGACUCUUAAGUCAGUAGAUGUGAUGUGCAAGUUCCAGGAUUUUUAGUUGAAACACGUAUGCUUAACAUGUCGGCCAAGUCAAUAAUGUUUAUGAAGUUCAGCCAUUCAGGUCAGCCAGAUUCCCCGUGCUGCAGAUUUAGAAUAACAGCCAAAUCACGUGGGUGAAGGGGAUUAGAAAUUCACCAUAAUCCUUUGGAGAAAAAGGGUAGGGAUUAAGCAAGGGGACAUAGUAAGCAAUGUUACCUUUGUCUUGUAAAGAAAGGCAAUCACAGUUUAGGUGGCAUUUAUAAAGAGGAGUUCAUGUCCUCCUACAGUUUGUCAGAACUUUUUCUUUUUAAUAUACAUUAGGCAAACUUCUAAUAUCACCACUCUGAUUUGGACCAUCUGGGGACUUGGGAAGAAGAUGGGGAAGAGAUUGAACCAGCAGAUGAAAUGGAUGAAGACGCUGGAAUAGGAGUUGAGAAAAGAACAACAGGAAAGCAGACAUCUUCACCUGAUUUACAACAGAAAGCAAAACUGGACCCAGUCAGGGAGAAUGGUGAUGAGUUUGAGCCACCAUUGGAAAUGGAACAAUCUCACACUACACUACAAACUCAAAACAGACCACAAAGCAAUGCUGAAUUUAUUUCGGUAAGUACAAAAGAACACAGCAAACAGCCAGGCUUGUCCAUUCUAGAGUAUCAAUCACAAGUGCAAAUGACAGGAUCGGUAGAAAAAGAAGAUGUGGGGAUAUCAGCAAUGCUGUAUAAUGACACAAAAAGAAGAGUUUCAUUAAAGAUAGAAGAUAAGCAAAAGGAACAUUCUCAGGAGGGACAGUGUGCAGAGAAAAGAGAUGAACAGGAAGUGGUGGCAUACUCUAAGAAGGUGGCUUACCUGAUGCAGCCAUGCCCAGGUGUGAUGCAGAAAGACGAAGCAAAGCCAAAAAGAUGUCCACUCAAACAGAUUGAAUCGAAGGUUUCAGACUGGGAGAUCUCUCUCUAUGUAAAGGCAGGAAUUGAUGGGGAAAGCAUUGGCAACUGUCCAUUUUCUCAGAGACUCUUCAUGAUCCUUUGGCUAAAGGGAGUCAUCUUUAAUGUCACUACUGUGGACCUCAAGAAGAAACCAGCUGAUUUGCAAAACCUUGCACCAGGAACCAACCCACCCUUCAUGACCUUUAAUGGCGAAGUAUUGGUAGAUGUUAACAAGAUUGAGGAAUUUCUUGAGGAAAAGCUCACACCUCCACGGUAUCCAAAGUUGGCUGUUAAACACCCAGAGUCGAAUAUCGCAGGAAUAGAUGUAUUUGCCAAGUUUUCUGCCUAUAUCAAGAACUCUCGCAAAGAAGCAAAUGAUGGUUUAGAGAAAGCUUUGUUAAAGUCCCUGAAGAAAUUGGAUGAUUACUUGCAGUCUCCACUGCCAGAGGAGAUUGAUGCCAACAACCCAAAUGACCCUGCACCUUCAACACGCAGUUUCCUGGAUGGACCAGAUCUAACUCUUGCUGACUGCAACUUGCUUCCCAAGCUACAUAUUAUCAAGAUUGUUGCAAAGAAGUACAGAGGUCUUGAGAUUCCAGCCGAGAUGACAGGGAUUUGGCGAUACCUGAACUUUUCCUACCAGAGAGAAGAGUUUAUCAGCACCUGUCCUGCAGAGCGAGAGAUUGAGUUUGCCUAUUUGGAUGUGGUUAGAAAGAUAAUAUAAGUUUGAUGAAAAGAGAGAAUGUUGUAUGUGUGCAAGGUGUACAUAAACUAAUGCCCA